AUGGUCAAGAAGAGAAAGAACAACGGCCGCAACAAGAAGGGCCGCGGCCACGUCAAGCCCAUCCGAUGCAGCAACUGCUCUCGCUGCACUCCCAAGGAUAAGGCUAUCAAGCGCUUCACCAUCCGUAACAUGGUCGAGUCUGCUGCCAUCCGUGAUAUCUCCGAUGCCUCCGUCUUCCAGGAGUACACCGUCCCCAAGAUGUACCUGAAGCUGCAGUACUGCGUCUCUUGCGCUAUCCACGGCAAGAUUGUCCGUGUCCGUUCGCGUGUUGGCCGCCGCAACCGUGCCCCUCCUCCUCGCGUCCGAUACAACAAGGAUGGCAAGAAGAUCGUCCCCAACGCUUCCGCCAAGGCUUAA